CUGGAUCUCCUCCCUCCACCUUCACCUUACCCAAAGCCAGCACGCUUGGCUCCUCCAUGCCCACCAACUCCUUCUAUCCUGAUCCCUUUGUGCCUACAGCAGUUCUCGUGCCUAUUAAUGAUGAAGGCCAGAACCUGGGCAGCGAGACCAGCAGCCUGGUGCAGUCCCACACCCACUCCUUGAGAAAGCGGGAGGUCGUGGAUGUUCCGUACCAGACGGGUCAGCUGCACCCUGCCAUCCGGGUGGCAGACCUUCUUCAACACAUAACUCAAAUGAAGUGUGCUGAGGGCUAUGGCUUCAAAGAGGAGUACGAGAUAAAUGAGAGUUUUUUUGAAGGACAGACUGCACCAUGGGACUCUGCCAAGAUGGAUGAGAACCGCAUGAAGAACCGCUAUGGAAAUAUCAUUGCAUAUGAUCACUCCCGUGUCAGGCUGCAGGCGCUGGAAGGGGAACAGAGCUCCGAUUACAUUAAUGCAAAUUAUGUUGAUGGAUACCACAGGCCGAAUCACUACAUUGCCACUCAGGGGCCCAUGCAAGAGACGGUUUCUGAUUUCUGGAGGAUGGUCUGGCAAGAGAACACUGCAGCCAUCGUCAUGGUGACCAACCUGGUGGAAGUGGGCAGGGUGAAGUGCUGCAAGUACUGGCCCGAUGACACGGAGAUCUACAAAGACAUCAAGGUGACACUGAUAGAGACCGAGCUGCUUUCAGAAUAUGUCAUCCGAACAUUUGCAGUGGAAAAGAGAGGAGCUCAUGAGAUCCGAGAGAUCCGACAGUUUCACUUUACUGGAUGGCCAGACCAUGGCGUUCCCUAUCAUGCCACAGGCCUGUUGGGUUUCAUUAAGAGAGUCAAGUCAAAGACCCUGACCAAUGCUGGGCCCAUGGUGGUUCAUUGCAGUGCCGGGGCCGGUCGAACUGGCUGCUUCAUCGUCAUUGACAUCAUGCUGGACAUGGCAGAAAGAGAGGGUGUAGUAGACAUUUACAACUGUGUGAGGGAACUGCGCUCCCGGAGAGUCAACAUGGUCCAGACAGAGGAGCAAUAUGUCUUCAUACAUGAUGCAAUCUUGGAGGCCUGUCUUUGUGGGGACACCAUCAUCCCUGCUAGCCAGCUCCGCUCUGUGUACUACGAUAUGAACCGCCUUGACCCGCAGACCAACUCCAGUCCUAUUAAAGAGGAGUUUAGGACUCUAAAUAUGGUGACUCCCACACUGCGGGUGGAGGACUGCAGUAUUGCCCUGCUGCCUCGAAACCAUGAGAAGAAUCGAUGCAUGGAUGUCCUUCCUCCUGAUCGUUGCCUCCCCUUUCUAAUCACCAUUGAUGGGGAGAGCUCUAAUUACAUCAAUGCUGCACUCAUGGAUAGUUACAAGCAGCCCUCUGCAUUCAUUGUGACCCAGCACCCUCUCCCAAAUACAGUAAAGGACUUCUGGAGGUUGGUGCUGGAUUACCACUGCACAUCCAUAGUAAUGCUCAAUGAUGUGGACCCAGCUCAGUUGUGUCCACAGUACUGGCCAGAAAAUGGAGUUCACCGUCACGGACCUAUCCAGGUGGAGUUUGUCUCUGCAGACUUAGAAGAGGACAUCAUCAGCAGAAUCAUUCGGAUCUACAACGCAGCUAGGCCUCAGGAUGGCUACCGGAUGGUCCAGCAGUUCCAGUUUCUGGGCUGGCCCAUGUACAGAGACACCCCCAUGUCCAAACGCUCCUUCUUGAAACUCAUUCGACAAGUGGACAAGUGGCAGGAGGAGUAUGACGGCGGAGAGGGCCGCACUGUGGUGCACUGCCUAAAUGGGGGUGGCCGCAGUGGGACCUUCUGUGCCAUCAGCAUUGUGUGUGAAAUGCUGCAGCACCAGCGCUCGGUGGAUGUUUUCCAUGCUGUCAAAACACUGAGAAAUAACAAACCUAACAUGGUGGACCUACUGGAACAAUACAAGUUUUGCUACGAAGUAGCACUGGAAUAUUUGAACUCUGGCUAGUUCGGACCUGCUGAAGAAAAGACCAGUUUGAUGACAUUCAAGAUUAAUCAUCUUCAAUGUGAGAAUUGGGAUUCACAAGUUUGUAUUAUUGACCUCACUGGAGUGAGUACAUUCAUACAUUGCGCACAUCUGACCACCUCUCCUACUACACAGUGCAGACUGGAAAGUUAAACUGUUCUUUUUUCUCAUGUAACAGCCUAUUUCUGUCUCUUCUGGUGAGGGUAGCCAGAAUUAUUACAAAACAGUAUUUACUUUCUCCUCCUCCCUGGAUUUUCCUCUCUUGUUAUCUCAAAUACUUGUCCUCUACUUAUGGCCUGGUACUUCAAUAGGCAGCAAGCAUUAAACAUUCUUCAUCUUUUAAUAGAUUGUGACACUUUGUACAACCCGUUAUCACUUUUCUAGUUUGAUAUCCGAUUUUUUUGUGCUCUGUACUAUAUAGUCAUUUUUGCAGAAUAUUUAAGCAUUAUUGUCUGAAAAAGGUAUUACUUUCAAUGGCUUCCAUCAUUUUGAGGACAGCUCACAGUGUUUUCUGUACAAUGAUCCAAAGCUUUAUUUGCACCUCCAUCAAAUUAGUGUUAUGCAUACUGUACAUAUUCCUGUAAAUUAUUUAUUUGCAGUACUUGCUUUUUCUGUGAUUUACUGUAAGUGACAAUCAUGUGUUCUUUGGUUUAUUGACUGAACUUGUUUUUAUUUUAUAUGACUUAGAAUCAACUGUAAGAUAAAACAGAGAUCCAAUAAAUAAAAUGUAUUAUAUAUAUAUAAA